UUAGUUUUUGAUGCGCUACUUGUGAAUCUGUUUGGUUAGAUAUAUGGAAGUGCAUUAUAUUAUCAUAUUGAGGAUUAUAUACAUGUAAUUAACGAUCAGAGUUUUUAUUUUAUGUUUGUUCUUAUCGUCUAACUGUUGUUUAUAUUACAUUCCUACUCAAAUACAAUGUGAUUUGGCAGUGUUUAUUUAUAAUAAUCAAUUUUGAGAUUCACCAUUGUUCAUAUAAAACUAUUUUAGUAUGUCUUACACUGAAGGUUUGGGAUAUUCACCCAUGACUGAUAGAAGUUGUUUUGUUUACGGAUGUUUUUCAACAGCUGCUAAUAAGCCAAAUCUGGGAUUUCAUAAAUUUCCAGUUAGGGGCAAAAGAAAUAUUGUUGUAAAUAAGAAAAAUGGUGAUAAGUGUAUUUAUGAUAGACGUCAAUUAUGGAUUGAAGCUCUUAAUAUUGGAAGAGAAGCCGCUCAAGCAAUUGAUGGCGUAAACGUUUAUGUUUGUUCAUUACACUUUGCUAGAGAUGAUUUUUACUACAAUCAAGAUAUCACAGGCAAAAGGUAUCUAAAGGAAUUUGCUAUUCCACGUCGCAACCUUCCAGCUCGCUUCACCUCUCCUUUAACAACCAAGUUCAAUGUGAAGUCUUUGAACCGAUUGAAGUACAGAGGGCACUUUGCCCUGCACAACCCGGAUGGGAGAAGGCUGACCGCACCUCGCAGGUUCUUGGGUGCGAGCAUACUCAAAGAUGUCCCGCUUAGGCCAUCGUAUACCAGGACAGUCUGGGUCGUCAGAAAACCUCCGGCAAACAGCAAGACUGAGGCUGACAAGGAAGAUGGCAACGGAAAGGAUAGUGAAGAAAAUUAUUGUAACGGUGAUGUCACUGUCACAAAGGCCUUCUCUUUGGCAGCACAAUCUGAGUAUGCUUACCUACAGGAGGCCACAGAUGAGGAAGCGGAGGUGGACGAGGAUGACCAGUGUGCCAUCGUGAAUGCGGAAAGCUCACAGCAGAACUCAUGGUUCACAUCUGAACUGAUCAUCAAGGAAGAACCUAUGUCAGAUUCAGAACAGGAUGUAAUAGAGCGGCAUAAGAUGCAAGACAGUGAAAAGACUUCAUAUGAGGCAGCUAAUGAUGAUGAAGAUGACACCAUCCAUGAACCCAAAAAAUUGGUAAUCUACUCAGAUGAGGAGGAGGAGCAGCAGCAGGAGCAGGAGUUGAAGCAAGUAGGGGAGAGCACAUCAGAAAAUGAUCAGGUGGAUGAAGAACUGCAGCAAGUGGAUGAAGAUCACGAUUUCUUACCAACUGAAGCAGAUGAAGAGCUUUUACCAACAGAAGAAGAAUUGUUUCAACAAGCUGAGUAUGAGGGAUUCGGCGAAGAAGAGGAACAUGAAGACCAUAACCAGUUUAACGAGGAAACAAAUGGAAUUGGUACUUAUGAGGAAGGUUACUCUCAGGAAAACUAUGAUGUGACUGUAGUCCAUGUAAGCGAUGAAGAAGAAGAGGAGGAACCUCAGGGUGUGUAUUACAAUGAUGGAAUGUGUGAAGUUUGUGGAUCAGAUGAGUGUGAAGGUCAUCAUAAUGUUUAUCCUCAUAAUAACUACUUUGUCUGUCUGGUGUGCAGUGAAAUGUUUCCAUCACAAAAGCAGCUAGUUGCACAUUCUAUAUGUCAUCAGGAAAUGUCCGAAGAAGAGCUUCUGCUGCAUGAGGAGCGUUUGAAAAGUCUGACAUGCGAAUUCUGUGGUCGCGUUCUCUCCACAAAAGCAACUCUACGAGAGCACAUCAUGAUCCACACGGGUGAGAAACCUCAUCAGUGCUUGCUCUGUGGAAAGAGUUUCCGUCACAAAGCCAACUUAGUGGUUCAUGUGAAUGGGCAUGCAGUGGUCAGCACUUACAAGUGCAAAAAGUGCAAUAAGGCUUUCACAAAAAAAAUGGAUUUUGAAAAACAUUUAAAAUACCAUGUAGACGCAUCUGGAAAUCCAUUGGUCUGCAAAAUCUGUAACGCUGUCUUCAAGUCUCAAAGAACCCUUUACAACCAUGGACAAUUGCACUCGAGGAAAGGAAUGGUUCGGGCGAAAAAAAGAAAUGAGGCACCAAGAGAACCAACACACGUGUGUCGUAUUUGCAACAAGGUGCUCUCAACCAAGGCUACGCUAAAAGAACACAUGAUGAUUCAUUCAGGAGAGAAACCACAUGUGUGUAACAUAUGUGGGAGAACGAUCAGGCAUAAGGCAAAUUUCGUGGUCCAUGUUCAGACUCAUGGACAGGGCAAGUCCUAUGAGUGUGAUAUGUGCGAUGAAGCUUUUAUGAGGAAAUCUGAUCUGACUCAGCACAAGCAAAUCAACCAUUCAAAGUCAAAACUUCUGAGGUGUCCCAUUUGUGGUGAGGUUUUCAAAUCACCACAGAAGUUCAAUAGACAUAUGGAAAUUCAUGAAAGCGUAGUUUACAUGAAUGAAACUGAAGAUAUGUCUGGAUUUCAGCCCCAUCUUCUUGAAGGAUUUUUUGAAGAAAUGUAAAAUAAUACUCUACUAUUUAGUAAAAGAUUUGUAAAAAUGUUUUAACUUAUAAUUUUGUACUGUAUCAGAAAAUAAUUUAACUAACAAGUACAUUUUAAAAAAGUCAUAGUUUAUGUAUAUCAUUUGUGAUGUUUCACUUUCUGCUUGGCUUGAAACUAUUAAAUUAUUUUUAUAGAUUAUGUUAACAGUAUCAUGAAGCAGAAAGUAUUUUUAAUCUCAUGCCAAUCAAAAUUUAUUAGAACCCAAUUUGUAUGAUCAACGCUCUUAUAUCUGGUAUUGUAUAUAGUUUAUAUUGUAACCGUAUUACUCCCUUGUAAUCAAGAAUGGCUAUCAAUAUUAUUUCCUAUUUGUUUACAGACGUAUUGAUAAAUUUUGUAUUUUUAACUUUUUAUGUAACUGCAAACACAGUAUUGUUUUUAAAGGGUGUCCCACUAUUUUUGAAACAUAUUACAACUCUAUGUUUUUGCAAUGUUUCUUACAAUGUAUGCAUUCUGCCUCGUGCAGUGUGUGGCUUUUCUCAUGCACCUUUUCUGUCGUUUUCACUAUUUAUUUAUCUCAUGCACUGUGGGUCACUACAAUGCCACAAGUCAAAAACUGUGUGCACUGCAGGUACUGCUUUGUCCAUAAUAAUUACAAAAUUAAAAUGUAUGUGCUACACCUUUACAAUGUGAGAGCAUGACUCUUACAUCUCUCUGAAAGACUUCAACAGUACAAACUAGUUUUGAAGCUGAUUGUUUUGCAUAUAGCCUUGUUUUUAAGGCACACAAAAAGAUAUAGAAAAUUUCCUAUUUGUAUUUGAUAUGGUGCAAAGGUUUAUCAUUUUAAUUAUCUAUUACCUUGAGUGUGGUUCUCACAUUAUUAAGGCAUCUUAUUAAAAAUUGCUUCUACUGUGCCCAGGUUGUAUUUAUUUUCUGUUAUUUCACAGUUUUUGUUUUAAAUACAUAUAGCACUUAAUAAUUCUUUUUGAAAUAUUUUUUUUCUCUUUGCAAAGCAAAGUAAAUAAUGUCAAAGAGUCUGUAUACAUCCUUAUAACACUUUGUUUUUGUUUAUAUGUUUUAAUGUAAUGUAAAAUAAUAAAAUCUAUAGAAUAAUUUUUAUUUCACAAAAAUUAUAGACCGUCAAAUUUGACCAAUUUACCAAAACCAAAUAAAUACAGACACAAAAGCAUUAGUUACAUGUUUUUACUCACCUGACAGGUAAUCUGAAGAUUUGUUCAGUUUAUUUUGCCUGGAUCCCAGACCUAGCCUACCUUAGGUAACAUGUCUGGUUUGUUAGACUAGGCUUAGUUUAGGCUCCUAGCCUACUAGUUUGUAACCUAGGCCCCUUUACUUAUAUCGCCUUGUCCUAUUUUGACCACAAAUUUUUCAAUUUCUUCUUUAUUAUUACAUCAUGUUUCUAAUGCACACUUCACUAUUGUUGUUUUUUUCCACCACUAUUAAUCACCAAUUUUUGUAAAGAAAUUUCAAAUUAAUUCAAUUCAACAUCACUAUUUUGAUUAUCUCAAUAAUUUAUUUUAUUUGUUUUGAAUAGUAAUAUUCAUCACAAAAAUCACACCAGGAAUUUAUUACCAGGAAUACACACUACCACAAUAUUAUUCAAUUCAUGUAAUAAUUUGUCAACAAUAAAACUUGUACUAGGACUGGCCAUGUUUACAAACACAAUGCAAGAACAGACGUCAGCUGAGUUGGUGUACUAUUUUUCUUUUUUAAUGCCUCUCUUAUCAUAGCUACAGAUUUAAAGUAGUAUUCAUUUAAUUAAUGAAAGAAGAAAUCCAAAGUAUUGAGUAACUUAAGCACCGAACAGCUGUAGUAACAAAAACAUAAAAAAACA